AUGACCAUACACCUGUAUGCGGAACACCUGGUCAACAUCCGCACGCUUUCGAUACAGGCCUCGCUCUCGACCGUCUCCAACACCGCCACAAGAGCCACUCUAUCCGCAGAUGGGAGUGCGCUGACCUUGGCUCACGAAGGGGAGGUUGCCACCAUAAAUUUGCCAGUCGCAGUACCCGGUGGCCACAAUGAUGCGACUCUCACCAUCCCAGCGGCGCCGACUAACGAUCUAAGCUUCCGCGUUUCGCUCCAGGACAAGUCCGCAGGCAAUGGCCUCCUGGCGCACGCAAAUCAUGAGAGUGGCAUCGUUGUACCAUGGUCUGCUCCCUCCAUGACAGCAGCCUCUGCGAUUGCUUGUCAAUCUUGCAACACAGAAAUCGUGAGUCAAGGUCAGGUGAAAGUGUGGAAAGAUCUGCCAUCGGAAAAUUGGGCCGAGAUGAUGGACUUUUGGCAUUGUCACAGACCAGAUGUUCCACAUGAUCGCGACCGCAAAACGCCAAUCAAGGGGUACAGUGCCGAUAGCAAACUCACAAUUCAGUCGGGCGUCGGUAUGGUCGAUCCGACAGACUUCGUGUUCAUGCCUGAAGACUGCAGCAACCUGAAGACCUCGCCUUCUCCUGGCACUCACUCUGCAGACGAGUAUCUCACGUGCAGUACUUGUAAUACCGCCAUCGGCCAUGUCCACUCUUCAACAGGCGGCUACAAGUUGAGAAAGGCGUAUCUAUCGGUAUCUACAGCACCGGGAGCACCAUUCACAUCGUACGACCCCGAAAAGUGGCUUGCCUGUCGUUUGCUUUCUUCCAUGGACAGUCAAGGCGUGCGCAAGUUCAUCAUACAGUCACACCACCACGACGAGCCAGCGCUGAAAGCCUGGAUCUUCACGCCUGACAUCGAUGUCUCCUCAUCAGCAGCUCAGAGCCCACGGCCUCUCCGUGCACUCAAGGUAUUGUGGAUGAAAUGCACAGCAUCUAGCGCCCCGACUAGUGCCCUCAACAGGCAGACACUUUCAGAAGGAGAGCUAGAGCUUCAUGAGACGGAGAUGAAUCUGCUAUGGAAAGUACUCGUCAAGAGCUCUAUGCUGUUCCCUGAAGGUGGCCGCAAAUUUCAGGACUGGAACGUGGCGCUCCUGCACCGAUUCACCAGUGCUGACGUGGGACUCGAAGAGACAGGAGCUGGCGCGCCGGCGACGUUGCCUCAAGUCCCGGACUUGCAAAACAAGAAAGCAUUGUCUGCGCUCACUACAUGA